AUGGCGCUGCUCUCCUCCGCCUUGCUGGCCCUCUCGCUAGUCGCACGCACACGAGCAUGGCCUCAACUACCGACUGCCGAUGGCGACUUCGGCGCCUUCAUGACCCUUCCAGUCAUUCCUUACACCACACAACACGACGCCAGCGCCGAGGUUGCCCCCCGAGGACUGACACUUCCCGCCGAUGAGGAUGCCGAGUCGGUGAUCAUGACCCUGCCGGUGGUCUCGAAACUGAGGAGGAGACGAGUGAACGGGAACCGCCCACGGAAACUCUUGGUCGACGACAUUCUGAGCAACGAUUUAGAAGUUUUGCCCGCCGCCCCAAAACUCAAGCCCCCGGUCGCAGUUCGAGAUCUGCCAGUGGACGAGGAAGUCGACAUGAAGGCCACUUUCGUCACCUUGCCCGUUAUCCACUCCACGAAGCGCGGGGUUUUCAGCCGACAGGUCGAGGCGAAGCUUGCUAACCGUUCUGAUGUGGCCUACUAUGCCCAACUGAACAUCGGCACUCCCCCACAACCCGUCUAUGCCCAGCUCGACACCGGCUCUUUCGAGCUCUGGGUGAACCCGGACUGCACCGUCCUGAGUGCCUCCGAUCAGCGCUUCUGUGAAGCCGUCGGCUUCUACGACACGACCCGCUCCUCCACCGCCAAAGCUCUCCAGACCUCGAAGACUCUCCGUUACGGCAUCGGCGCCGCCAAUAUCACCUACGUCCGCGACAACCUCGCUCUCGCCGGUUCCCAAUCCACCAUGCAGCAGGUUCAAUUUGGUGUCGCCACUAGCUCCGAAGAUCAAUUCGCUGGUAUCCUCGGUAUUGGCGCCGGAGAAGGGGUUAACACGCGUUAUAAGAAUCUGAUCGACGAGCUUGCCUCGCAAAACGUGACAAGAACGAAGGCAUUCAGUCUGGCUCUGGGAUCGAAGGACGAGCAGGAAGGAGCCAUUAUCUUUGGAGGAAUCGACACUUCGAAGUUCUCCGGACCCCUUGCCCGGCUGCCGAUCGUACCUGCGGACCAGUCACCAGAUGGCGUUGCGCGGUACUGGGUCAACAUGAACCAGCUUAGCAUCACCCCGCCCAGCGGCCGCACGCGAUACUACCCGAACAGCAACAUGCCCGUCUUCCUCGACAGCGGCGCCACCCUCACCUUGCUGCCAGCAGACCUCGCGAACAACAUUGCUACAGACUUCGGAUCACCAGGCCUCGACGCCAACGGAUUUUAUCCCAUUUCAUGUACUCUGGUCAACCUGAACGGAACCGUGGAUUUCGACUUUGAUGGAAUGAAGAUCAAGGUGCCGUAUAAAGAGAUGAUUCGGGAGGUCCGCACGAGCCCGCCGGCGUGCUACUUGGGUAUUGUGCCGAACUCGGAUUUCACGCUGCUGGGUGAUACGUUCUUGCGCUCAGCCUAUGCCGUCUUCGAUCUCGAUACCAACUCUGCUUACCUGGCACAAUACGUCAACUGCGGCACACGUACGAUGCCCAUCAGUCGCCCGGAAGACAUUCCCGCCAUUCGCGGCUUGUGUAAGGGUGCGGUCACCACGCCUCCGGUGGCCAACAAUGGUACCGCCACCAUUCCCGGUGGAAGUGGGGCCGGUGCCGGUGCCGGGACCGGCUCAAACUCGGGCUCUGGCUCCGGCUCCGGCUCAGGUACUGGUUCUGGGGUUGGUUCGAACCUCCCGACCGGCGCCUCUCCUGAAAUGUCAGGACUGCCGUCAUCACAAACGCCAUCCUCGGCCUCGAUAUCAGCACCAAGUGUAAUGGCGAUGUUGUCAAUUAUCUUGACAGCGAUGUUGAUGUGA